GUGGACCUCACCAUCUGCUCGCCCUUGCCUUUGAGGAUAAGCCCCACCCUCCAGCCACAGGCUCCUCCCCUGCUGAGCACCCCCUGGGCACAGGCCCCACCCUCUAGACCCUACACCUGGGCACAGACCCCUCCCCUUAGAUAUGGGCCCCGCCCCUGAUAGACACAAUCUCCGCCCCCUGGAUAUUAGCCCCUCCCCCUCCUCUGGGCCCAGGCCCCUCCCCCUGGGCUCAGGUUCCGCCCCCUGGGCCAGGCCCCUCCCAUAUACGGCCCCUGCCCUCCUCCCUUUAAAUCUCGCCUCUGACUGACACCUGUUACCAUGGCUACCCCACCCCCGCCCCCUGCUGAGCCCACAUCGCCUCAGCCGGCUCCUGGGCCAAUCCGCUCCUCGGGAGGGCCCCUCGCGGCCCCGCCCACCAGCGCCCCGGCUUCCCAUUGGCCGCGAAGAAAAGGCCCGCGGGCCAACGGGAGGGCGGAUCGAUCGGAGGAGGCGGCCCCGCCCGCCCGCCGCGGCCGAGUGGGAGUCCCUGUCUUGCCUGCCAUGGGGCUGGAGGCCGAGCCCCUCGCCGUCCCCCACCCUUACUGGCCCCGGGACCUGGAGCUCCGGCGCUACGUCCCCAACGAUCGCCCCACCUGGCACAGCCUGUCCUUCCUCUUCUCCGCCUCGGCGGCCCUGCUGACGCUCACCUGGCUGGCCGCCGGCUGGCGGGGGUGGACGGGGGCGCCCAUGAGGACCGGGCGCCGCCUGGCCAUCUGUUGGUUUGCCAUCUGCGGCUUCAUCCAUGGCGUGAUUGAGGGCUGGUUCAGCCUCUACCACACAGAGAUACCUGGGGACCAGUGCUUCCUCUCCCAGCUGUGGAAGGAGUACGCCAAAGGAGACAGCCGAUACGUCAUAGAGGAUAACUUCACCGUGUGCAUGGAGACCAUCACCGCCUGGGCAUGGGGGCCGCUGAGCCUCUGGACCGUGCUGGCUUUCCUGCAGCGCCAGCCCCACCGCUAUGUCCUGCAGCUGGUGGUGUCGCUGGGCCAGCUGUAUGGCGACGUCCUGUACUUCUACACUGAGUACCGGGAGGGCUUCGCCCACAGUGAGAUGUGGCACCCGCUUUACUUCUGGUUCUACUUCGUCUUCAUGAACGCCCUGUGGAUCAUCAUCCCCUCCAUCCUCCUUCUCGACGCCUGGGGGCACCUGAGUGCUGCCCAGAGGGCACUGGACGCUGUCAAGGCCAAGAAACACUGAUGCUUCUUAACCCCACCCCUGGGUGGCAAGGGGGGGGUAUCUGGCACAAAACUGCCCCGGGGGGCUGAAGGAUGAACGAUGCUCAGGGAUUGGAGUGUGCAGGAUUCCUGGGUUCUCUCCCUCGCUCUGGGAGGGAAGUGGGGUCUAGUGGGCUAGAGUGGGGGAUGGGAGCUAGGACUCCUGGGUUCUCCCCCUGGAUCUGGGAGGCGAGUGGGGUCUAGUGGGCUAGAGCGGGGGCGCUGGGAGCCAGGACGUCUUGGCUCUUUUCCCAGCAUGUGAGCGACAUUCCAGUUUCUCCAAGCCGCCUUUACCUGCUGGCCUGGUGGGGAGAGACGAGUGAGCUGGGGGAGGAGAUCACUAGCAAGGGUCGGGGAGAUAUCUGCCUCCCUAUGACUUGUUAUCCUCCACACCCUCCAUGUUCCCAUAACCAAAGCUCCGAUCCCGUCUCUGUGUACCCCCAAAAGGCCCCUCUAUGCCUCCUGACUGCAGGGUCAGGGACGCUGGGACCUCAAGCGCCUCUGGUGCACAGGGCCAAUCAGCUCGUUUUAAUAAACACAUGUAUGUAUUCCUUUGCCUUCCA